UUUCUUGAGACUUUGGCAUUUCCUUUUGCAGAUUAUUCUCUUUCCGGUACAUCAUGGCGCCCCCCACACCUCUCUUAGCAGUCCGGGGAUCUGACGGCACAGUGCUGCUCCGUGGACCACCAAACUGCGAGAAGAAUGCAGAUUUUCAAAGGGACCCUCGGCAAAGUAGAUAUGUUGCUUUCAGCAAGGAUGGGACAUUGUUUGCAUGGUGCAAUGGAGAGAAGGUCACUGUUGUAAAGGUUGCAGAUGGCUCACAAGUCAGGUCAUUUGACCUUCCAAAGACUGCAAUGUUGGAGUUCUCUCCGCUGAACACUGUACUGGCUACAUGGCAGGUGUAUAGCAAGACACAAGAAAACCCACAAGGAGAUGCCAACUUGCAGCUGUGGGAUUUGCAAACUGGGACCUGCCUCAAGGCUCUGUACCAUAAGAAGGUACAAGGAUGGUGUCCAAGCUGGUCAGAUGACGAGAAGAUUGCGGUCAGGAGUGUUAACAAUGAACUUCAUUUUUUUGAGAACAACGAUUUUAGCACCAUUGCCAAUAAGCUUCACUUGCAGAAGGUGUCCGAGUUUGUGCUGUCCCCAGGAAGUCAGCCUAGUAAGGUGGCUGUUUAUGUCCCUGGGAGCAAAGGUGCCCCCUCGUUUGUCCGGCUAUACCAGUACCCCAACUUUGGUGGCCCGACCUGUGCUCUGGCCAACAAGAGUUUCUUUAAGGCUGACAGGGUGACCAUGCUGUGGAACAAAAAAGCCACUGCGGUUCUGGUGCAGGCCAGCAUAGAGGUGGAUAAAACAGGGGCCUCAUACUACGGAGAACAGACUUUACACUACUUGGCCACCAAUGGGGAGACUUCUGCGGUGCAGCUACAGAAGAACGGGCCCAUCUACGAUGUGGCAUGGAGCCCAAGCUCCACAGAGUUCUGCGUGGUCUAUGGCUUCAUGCCCGCCAAGGCUACUGUCUACAACCUCAAGUGCGACCCUGUCUUUGACUUCGGCACGGGCCCCCGCAAUGCCGUCUACUACAGCCCCCAGGGCCACAUCCUGGUCUUGGCCGGCUUCGGGAACCUACGGGGCCAGAUGGAGGUGUGGGAUGUCAAGAAGUGGAAGCAGGUGUCCAAGCCCCAGGCGCCGGACUCCACCCACUUCGCCUGGUGCCCAGACGGUGAACACGUCGUCACGUCCACCUGUGCCCCCCGGCUACGUGUCAGCAACGGCUACAAGAUCUGGCACUACACUGGCACGGUUCUGUACAAGCAGGACACACCGACGGGCACAGAGCUCUGGGAGACUGUGUGGCAGCCCUUCCCAGACGGGACGUUCCCUGAGAGGCCGGUGAAGUACCAGGCAGCACCCAGCGAGCUGGGCAGCACAGAGUCCAAGCCAGCUCAGGCCUACCGCCCACCUGCCCUACGGAAUAAACCGGUCACAGCCAGCUCUAAACUACAUGAAGAGGAGCCUCCACAGAACAUGAGGCCUGGCGCCACCGGGGACAAGCAGCUGUCCAAGACAGCUCUGAAGAACCAGAAAAAACGAGAGGCAAAGAAAGCAGCCAAACAGGAGAUAAACCCAGAUGCCCUUGAGCCCCAGUCAGAUCCCUCUCCAGCCAGCAGCGCUCAGCCUGAACUCUCCUGUGGCGACCCAGAGACAGACAAGAAGAUCAAGAACGUAAAGAAGAAACUGAAAGCUAUAGACGAGCUGAAAGCGCUGCAAGCAACUGGGAAACCCAUUCAAAAGAACCAGCUUGAAAAGAUGGAAAAGGAGGCUCAACUCAUGAAAGAGCUUGAGGAUCUUCAACUAGUAGUAUAAAAUAAAAUAUUUAAUUUGUUCAUGAAAACACAACAUCCUUGCCAUAUGAUCAAGAGCACACCCAAAGCUAUGUAUAAUGGACACCCCCUCAAUCUACACACAACAACCCAUAAUGAUAAAGCAAAAACAGGUUUGACAUUUUUGUAAAUGUAUAAAAAAAACAACACACAUUUACAUAAGUAUUCAGACCCUUUACUCAGUACUUUGUUGAAGCACUUUUGGCAGCGACUACAGCCUCGAGUCUUCUUGGGUAUGAUGCUACAAGCUUGGCACACCUGUAUUUUAGCAGUUUCUUCGGUUCUUCUCUGCAAAUACUCUCAAGCUCUGUCCGGUUAGAUGGGGAGCAUCUGCACAGUUAUUUUCAGGUCUCUCCAGAGAUGUUUGAUUGGGUUUAAGUCUGGGCUCUGGCUGGGCCACUCAACUCCUGCAUUGUCUUGCU